AUGCAACUGCAAUACGAUGCACAGAAGUUCAGAGAAGAGGCAAGGAUGGCUCAGUGCCAACUUGAUUUGACAAAACAAGCCCUUGAAGAAGCAAAGGCGGAGAAUGCUGAGUUAAAACGUUCACUUGAGGCCCUCCGAGGGGAUAUUGACAUCUAUGAAGGCCUCAAAGAGCGCAGCGCGGCUGCUGUUGCUGGGCUUCAGAGCUCGCAUCGCGAAGCCUUGCGCAAUGUAGCUCACUUAGAAGCACAAAUUAGGGACAUGAAGGAUAAACUAAACGAGUCCCCUCAGGAGGAAUCCGAGAUUGUGGAGAAAAUGAAAAGAAACGCUGCAGACCUGACAACGCGCCUUGGACUUCCAGAACGCGCGAAAACAGACCUCGACUUUCUGUUUUCGGAGGUGAUUCUUGACGUUUAA